UACUAAAAGGAGAAGCCUCCGGCAACUUUUGUUUCGAAAUGGUUUGAAGGCAGAGGCCCAGAACGUGUGUGAAAUUCUGAGCAAACUGUCCAAGGUUCUGAGUCAUUCAUUUUUGUUGUUCUUCUUCUCCCUCAGGGCCUCACCUCUCCUCACCCCUCUACUCUUUCUGCGUGCUUUUAUUGGAAUGAAGAAAGAUUAUUUGGGCUGUAGCUGAAAACUAGGAAGAUCUUUACCUUCCUUACUGGGUUUGUGCUCUGCGAUAGAUUCUAUGGACCAAACGGUAAUCUGAGCUAGCUUGGCUCUUGGCUGAAGAGAAGAGAGAGCAAGAGGGACAGAUUAGAACAAUUGGGUUGAAUGCUUUAUCCUUGAAGAAGGAGGAAUUUCUAGUAAGCGAUCGAUAGAGAUUAUCUGCGUUUCUGGGUUUAGAAAUAUAGUGAUCACUGAUUUGGGAGAGAGUGGUGUGUUGAGUUGGGUUGGGGCUGAGCCUGUGUGGAAUGGGAGUGGAAGAAGAUGGACUUCUGGCCAGAGUUUCUAGCGACCAGUUGGGGGAGAGAGUUCGUAGCAGGAGGGUUCGGUGGAGCAGCGGGCGUAAUCUCAGGUUACCCACUGGACACGCUGAGGAUCCGUCUUCAACAACCUUCAAAUCCCACUAGAUCUGCCAUUGGCCUCCUCCGCCAGAUCGUCUCUUCUGAGGGACCUUCCGCGUUAUACCGUGGCAUGGCUGCUCCGGUAGCCUCUGUCACCUUCCAGAACGCCUUAGUGUUUCAAACUUAUGCAGUUCUAUCCAGAGCAUUUGAUUCAUCGAUCAACAAAAUAGAUCCUCCUUCCUACAAAAGCGUGGCAUUAGCAGGCUUUGGAACAGGGGCCUUACAGAGUUUGCUGCUUACCCCUGUUGAGCUAUUGAAGAUACGCCUCCAAUUGCAGCAAACGACAAGAAAAUUACAUAACCAUCACUCAAACGAUCAACAAGGAAGUCCAGUAAGAAUGGCUAAAUACAUUUUCGGGAGAGAAGGACUGAAGGGGCUCUACAGAGGCCUCACCAUCACUGCCCUCCGAGACGCACCAGCUCAUGGGUUUUACUUCUGGACGUACGAGCGCACAAGAGAGCAACUCCACCCAGGUUGUCGAAAAAGUGGUCAGGAGAGCCUCCAAACGAUGUUGUUUGCCGGAGGACUGGCAGGGGUUGCCAGUUGGGUGUGUUGCUAUCCAUUGGAUGUGGUAAAGACGAGACUUCAGGCUCAAAUGCAAUCUCCAUCGGAUCAUCCGCCGCCCAAAUAUCUUGGCAUUAUUGAUUGUUUUCGUAAGAGUGUCAAAGAAGAGGGCUUUGGAGUUCUGUGGAGAGGUUUGGGUACUGCCAUUGCUCGGGCUUUCGUGGUGAAUGGAGCCAUCUUUGCUGCCUAUGAGAUAUCUCUUCGGUGCUUUUUCAGCGACAAUAGCUCUGGAAGCAUUCAAACAGAAGAUAACAGAUUAUAGGACAAAGCAGGUUUCCUCUGCAACUGGAACCAAAUUUUUUCCAAAUUUGCUGCACCAUAAAUAGCCAUCAUAAGGAUGGCAUCCACAUAAAAAAUUAUUACUGUAAACCAACAUAUUCUUGGUGAA